UGAGCCAAGGCCAAUUCUGGAAAAUCCAACAGACGUAUCGUUCAACAAGUGGAUGAUUAUUUGAUUUUUAAAAAAAAUUUCAAUGUGGAAGACUGUGGAGAAGGCUUACUGAGGUUAUACAAAACAGCAUUGAAUCUUGUGAGCAAUCCGGAACCAAAACGUUUUUGAAGUCCCUGGUGCCACUCGUGUUGUUUGGUGGAGUAGUCUGUCCAAAUGAUUUCUGCCUUUUACCUCAAGGAAGCUGAUUGAAAUGUUUUGCUAGUGUUUAUAACUGAAAAAGUAACUAACCUGUUUCCCUGUUUUAUGAAACCAGGUAGUUUCCUUCCUGUGUCUGUGGCCUGCAUAUCUUUCUCUUAUUAACAGAUCUCUUUUUCACUGCACUGUUUUGAAAUAUUGUGUUCCUGUGCCUCAUGUCAUCAACUCGAUGCAGGAAUCACGACCAGUCCAGACCCAAUCCAAAAUGGCUGGCAAAGCUGCAUUGUAUCCUAUCAUCAAUCGUAACAAGGAUAUUACCUAUGCCAAGAGCGGGGUCUUUCAGCAGCUGAAGGACGAGUGCCUGAGAAAAGGUGUCUUGUUUGAAGACGAGGAAUUCCCUGCCAAUGACUCCUCACUUUUUUACUCUGUGGGUAUGCCCUUCAAGCUGGAAUGGAAAAGACCCCCAGAAAUCUGUGAGAAUCCAAAGUUCAUCAUUGGUGGAGCCUCAAGAACUGAUAUCUGUCAAGGAGAUUUGGGUGAUUGCUGGUUUCUGGCUGCCAUUGCAUGUCUCACUCUUAAUGAGAAGCUGCUGUACCGGGUUAUUCCUCGUGAUCAGUACUUUACAGAGAACUAUGCUGGAAUCUUCCACUUUCAGUUCUGGCGUUUCGGUGACUGGGUGGAUGUCACUGUUGAUGACCGAAUUCCCACAUUCAACAACCAGUUGGUUUUUACCAAAUCUGCUGAGCGAAAUGAGUUUUGGAGUGCUCUGUUGGAGAAGGCCUAUGCCAAGUUGCAUGGAUCAUAUGAAGCACUGAAAGGUGGUAAUACCACAGAAGCCAUGGAAGAUUUUACUGGUGGUGUUACUGAAUUCUUUGAGAUAAAGGAAGCCCCCAAGGAUCUGUUCAAGAUCUUGAAGAAGGCAACAGAGAGGGGCUCCCUUAUGGGUUGUUCAAUUGAUGAAAGUAUGUUUCAUGGGACCGGUUUUAUGCCAGAAGCACAGAUCCAAAGGUUUCUGUCUCGCUCUUUAAUCGCUGCAGAUGGAUCCAAGGCCAAAGUUGGUGAUCAGAGCAAGAAUUUUGAUGACUUUCCUGUCAGGUCUUUCGUACCUCAGCAGUUUGAAACACGAACAGCCAGUGGUUUGGUCAGAGGACAUGCCUAUUCUGUAACCAGUGUGGAUGAAGUUACUUACAAAGGUCAGAAUGUGAAGUUGGUGCGUUUGAGGAAUCCAUGGGGAGCAGUGGAGUGGAAUGGGUCCUGGAGUGAUAAGGCCCGGGAGUGGUCUGAGAUUGAGAAAAGGCAAAAGCAACGACUUCAGCACCAAAUGAAAGAAGAUGGAGAGUUCUGGAUGUCUUUUGAUGAUUUUAAGAGGAAUUUCACAAAGCUGGAGAUUUGUAACCUGACACCAGAUGCACUAUGCGAUGACAAGCUCCAUAGGUGGACAGUAUCCAUCAAUGAAGGACGGUGGGUAAAAGGCUGUUCAGCUGGGGGCUGCCGUAAUUAUCCAGACACAUUCUGGACGAAUCCUCAGUAUCGACUGAAACUCUGUGAGGAGGAUGAUGACCCCGAUGUUGCUGAGGUCCUCUGCACCUUUGUUGUUGCUCUAAUGCAAAAGAAUCGUCGGAAGGAACGCAGAAUGGGUUUCAACUUCCACACCAUUGGAUUUGCUAUUUAUGAGGUGCCCAAAGAGAUGCAAGGUAAUAAACAACACCUUCCCAAAGAUUUCUUCCUCUACCGGGCAUCUAAGAGCAGGUCUAAGUCAUAUAUCAACCUACGUGAGGUAACACAACGUUUCAGCCUCCCCCCUGGGGAGUACGUCAUUGUCCCUUCCACAUAUGAUCCUCACCAAGAAGGAGAGUUCAUCCUGAGGGUCUUCUCAGAAAAACCGAACCUGUCAGAGGGAACUGAGAGCCAGAUCUUAGAUGACAACCCCAAGCCAAUCAUCUUUGUUUCUGAUAGAACUAAGGACACUGCAGACUCAAAGACGGAGAAGGAGAACAAAGCUGAAGACAGGAAAAAGAUUAAGACUGUGUCAACAACAGCUCAGGAGGAGAGUGAGGAAGACCUCCAGUUCCGCCGUAUUUUUGAACAGAUUUCAGGAGCUGACAUGCAGAUCUCUGCAUUGGAACUGAGGAAUAUCCUAAACCGUGUUGUUAAAAAACACAAAAUGAAAACUGAAGGGUUCGGCCUUGAGUCUUGUCGCAGUAUGGUUGCCCUUAUGGAUACGGAUGGAUCUGGAAAGCUUAAUCUGAUGGAGUUUAAGCAGCUCUGGAACAAAAUUAAGAAAUGGCAGGCAAUCUUUAAGGAAUAUGACAAGGAUAAUUCUGGCAUGAUUGACAGCUAUGAAAUGCGCACAGCUGUGAAUGAUGCAGGCUUCCGCCUGAACAGCCAACUCUAUGAGAUCAUCUCCAUGCGCUAUGCCAAUGAAGAUAUGAAUCUGGACUUUGACAGCUUCAUCUGUUGCCUUGUGAGACUGGAAGGAAUGUUCCGAGCGUUUCAUGCCUUUGAUAAAGAUGGUGAUGGAAUCAUUAAACUCAGUAUUCUGGAGUGGUUGCAACUCACCUUAUAUGCUUAAAUGUCUCAGGACAUCUGGUGGCCUACAUGCCUGGCUAUUACCUCAAGUUCAACACUCAAACCUCAACAGCAGAAUAUGCAAAGUCAGCCUCUUCUACACAUGAUGACA